CGCACGAGCAAACAUCGGGCACCCGCGCGAGCGAGCGCCCCCUCCCUCACACUCUCUCCCUCUCGCUCCCUCACUCUCAGUCCAUCCCGUGUCUUGGGCGCGCGGGCCUAUAUUGUGUUUUUGCUUGAUCUGAAGGAGCCGGCAUGGGAUGCGGCGACGAUGGCAGUUUCUGCGGCAGGAGAAUAGCACCUUCUUCUGUUAUAUUGAUCUCAUGCAUGAGAGUCUUGAAGUUGCAAUUGGAAACGCGUACAGCGCGUGGGCGGCGUGGAUGGCGUCAUGGGGUCAAGCAUCAGUGCUCCGGUGCGUGCGUGCGUGUGGCGACUGGGAGUCAUCGUCGUCGUCGCCUUGUCUUGCCCUGGCUCGCCCUGUGUCCCGCCCCGUCGUCGUCACCUUUCUUCGUCAGCUUCCAGUGUGUGCCGGGUCUCACCAAUCUUCCACACGUACCAUUGUCCCCUCUCCGAGAUGAAUCGCAACGAAGCAUGGAGUACACCGGCAGUCCAGUCCUCUUACCUGCCUUUCCCAUUCCCUAGACAUCUACACAGCCACAUUGCUGAUGCCAUGCCCCAACACCACGAUUCGCCCAACCGCGCAACAAAAGGUCAAUGCCAUGGCCGUGCCGCCACACUCUUACCGUUAACGUCUGAGAUAC